UCUAAAAAAGAAAUUAUUUCUGUUUUUCUCGUUGUCCUCUGCGAAAUCUGUCCGGCUUCUCUUUGGUCUCUCUUCCGCUCUGUAGUUCGCUUUUCGACUUUCAUUUCUGGAAAAUUUAACCAAACAGCUCGACCAUUCCAAAUUUCGAGAGCGCGCAGUGCAGGUUUGAUUUAGGGUUUUUUUUUUCUUUUUUUGUUCUCUCUCUCUCUCUCUCUCUUAAGAUUGUGCCCAAAUGGAGACCAAAACUCUAUUCUCAGUUUUAGAUUACGCACAUUAGGCAAUUGUUUUGAGCUCAAUUCUAGUGCAGAAUUUCUCGGCUAAGUGAAACUGUAGUUAACAAGAGUAAUUUAUAGCUAUGAACAUAUAUACGCUGGAAAUAGUGUAACCAAGAAUGCCGGGCAUCCCUUUAGUGGCUCGUGAAACCUCAUCCCAUACAAGAAGCACGGAUCAAAUGUGCCGUGAAGAUGGUCGUCUGCCUUUAUCUGCAGAAGAGGAAAUGGCAGCUGAAGAGAGUCUUUCCACAUAUUGCAAGCCUGUCGAACUCUAUAACAUCCUCCAGCGUCGUGCAAUAAGAAAUCCAUCAUUUCUACAAAGAUGUUUGAACUACAAAAUACAGGCAAAGCACAAAAGGAGAAUACAAGUGAUGAUUUCCCCGUUUGUGACUGUGAAUGGAAGUUUACUGUCUUGUAGUCUGUUUCCUUUGUACAUUUUAUUGGCAAGAACAUCUUCUGACAUUGGGAUUACUGAGUAUUCUGCAGUCUAUCGCUUUCGUCGAGCAUGUGUUUUGACAAACUUCUCUGGAGUAGAGGGAAGUACCCAAGCUCAAGUAAAUUUUAUUCUCCCUGAAAUUAACAAGUUAGCAUUGGAGGCCAAGUCUGGUUCACUUGCUAUCUUGUUUGUUAGCUUUGCUGGAGCCCAAAGUCCUGUGCAUGGAGUUGAUUUAUCCAAAGGUCAUUCAGAAAAUGUUGGUGGAUGCUGCCUUUUGGGCACAAUACCACUGGAAUCACUCUAUAUGUCAUUGGAGAAGUCACCAAACCUGAGUUUGGGACAAAGGGUGGAAGUGACAUCUCAGGUUGACAUGAAAUCAUGCUUCUUGAAGUUAACUUGUUUCAAUGACGACAAAUGCCUUUCGAUUCAAAUUCCAUAUGUUUCUGAAGCUGUGAAUACAUCACAACGCAUUCAAGUCAACAUUUCUGCAGAGGAGGUUGGGACUAAGGAAAAAUCUCCUUAUCAUUCAUACACAUGUGGCGACAUUUCUUCAUCAUUAUCUCAUAUUAUUCGGUUGAGGGCUGGAAAUGUCAUCUUCAACUACAGUUAUUACAAUAAUAAGUUGCAAAAGACUGAAGUAACUGAAGACUUUUCAUGCCCAUUCUGCUUGGUAAAAUGUGCUAGUUUUAAGGGUCUAAGAUAUCAUUUGCCUUCAUCACAUGAUCUCUUCAACUUUGAAUUUUGGGUGACUGAGGAGUUUCAAGCUGUAAAUAUAUCAGUGAAGACUGAUACUUGGAGAUCUGAGAUUGUUGCUGAUGGUGUUGAUCCAAAACAACAAACAUUUUUCUUUUGCUCAAAGAAGCCAAAGCACAAAAGACACAAGAACCUUGUUCAUGUACAUCCAUUCAUCCUUGAGUCUAACUUAGGCAGGAAGGAUUUGCCUAAUGCCAUCGUUGGUGAUGUAGCAGGUACAGAACAUGUUCCUUCCAGCUUUGAUGUUGUUGGGGUUUCAGGAUCUGCAGCGCAAGCAUAUCCUGAUCCUGAAUGUGUUCAAUCAGCGUCUGGGAACAAUUUUGCACCCCCUGCCAUGUUGCAAUUUGCAAAGACACGAAAAUUAUCUAUUGAACGGUCUGACCUGAGAAACCGUACUCUCCUUCACAAACGACAGUUUUUCCACUCGCAUAGAGCUCAGCCAAUGGCAAUUGAGCAAGUAUUGUCAGAUCGGGAUAGUGAGGAUGAGGUUGAUGAUGAUGUUGCAGAUUUUGAAGAUAGAAGGAUGCUUGAUGAUUUUGUGGAUGUUACUAAAGAUGAAAAGCAAAUGAUGCACUUGUGGAACUCCUUUGUGAGGAAGCAACGUGUCCUGGCAGAUGGUCAUAUUCCUUGGGCAUGCGAGGCUUUCUCAAGAUUACAUGGGCAUGAUCUUGCCCGAGCCCCAGCCCUACUUUGGUGUUGGAGAUUAUUUAUGAUCAAACUAUGGAAUCAUGGUCUCCUAGAUGGCCGCACUAUGAAUAAGUGUAAUAUUACUCUGGAGCAAUACCAAAAGCAGGUCCCAGAUCCUAUGAAAAGCUAAGAGAGAUGAUACAUUUUUGUUGGCAAUCAUUGAAUACAAAAGCAAAGGGGAAAGGCUUUAUUAUCACUUGACUGAUUCUUAGAGGUCUUUCCCGCUUUCAUUUUCUUAUGAUUUUGUGUCACGUUUUUAUUGAUGAAAUUAUUUCAUAUCAUUUUGUAUUUACAGUCGAAGUCGUACCAAAAUCUGGACAAUUAAGUAAUUGGCAUUAUUCAUUGCUUAUGCUUUGACA